GAGUAAUCUCGUUCUUUUCCUAUAUUCUUUCAAAGAGAGAAGAUAGAUUGAACUUAAUCAGGUCUAUCUCCCGUGAAAAUCAACAAGAAUGGGUGCGUACAGAUACGUCCAAGAGUUAUAUCGCAAGAAGCAAAGCGAUGUAUUGCGUUAUUUACUUCGUGUAAGAUGCUGGCAAUAUCGUCAAUUGACAAAGCUCCAUCGUGCACCAAGACCUUCACGUCCCGAUAAAGCACGUCGUUUGGGAUACAAAGCAAAGCAAGGAUUCCUCAUCUACCGCAUUCGAGUACGUCGAGGAGGUCGAAAACGUCCAGUUCACAAAGGUUGCACAUACGGCAAGCCUAAGAGUCACGGAGUCAACCAAUUGAAACCAUACAGAAACUUGCAAUCCGUUGCUGAGGAACGUGUUGGACGCAGAAUGGGAGGUUUGAGAGUCCUCAACUCAUACUGGGUCGCUCAAGAUGCUGCCUUCAAAUACUAUGAAGUCAUCUGCGUCGAUCCAUUCCAUAAUGCAGUUCGUCGUGAUCCAAAAGUCAACUGGGUCUGCAAUGCAGUUCACAAGCAUCGCGAAUUACGUGGUCUUACCUCCGCUGGAAAGAGCUCUCGUGGUGUUGCUAAAGGAUACAGAUAUUCACAAACAAUUGGUGGAUCACGUCGUGCUGCAUGGCGUCGUAAGAAUCGUUUACAUUUACGUCGUUAUCGUUAAACUGGAACAUAUUCUUUGCGAUUGUAAUAACAUCCCAACAAUACUACUACAUCCAAUAUUAAGAAUAAACUUUCUUAUGU